AUGACUCCACCACUUCUACCUCUGGGUGAAGGACCAAGAGUCAUCGUGUACCAUCAAACACAUCACGGUCCCAAUGAUGGGCCGCCGGUCAGCUUGCUGCCUCUCAUCACACAGAGGACAGGAGUCACUCACGUUGUCGUGGCCGCCAUACACUUGAACGAUCCUCCCGGGAAUAUCACGUUAAACGACCACCAACCAGACCAUGAACGCUUCAAAACGUUAUGGAGUGAGGUCGCUUGGAUGCAGGCCAGCGGUGUGAAAGUACUUGGACUUUUGGGUGGCGCUGCUAAGGGCUCAUACGAAAGACUCGAUGGUCAAGAUCUGGCACGUUUCGAGUCUUACUAUGUGCCGCUGCGAGAUCUUAUUCGCAGGCAUCGUCUUGAUGGCCUGGAUCUGGAUAUCGAGGAGCCCACGUCCUUACCGGGGACUGUGCGGUUGAUAGAUCGGCUACGUGCUGACUUCGGGCCUUCUUUCAUCAUCACACUUGCUCCAGUGGCGACUGCGCUGCUUCCCAACCAGCCACAUCUAUCGGGUCCUGCAUUCGACUAUAGACUGCUGGAACAGAUGCGAGGGAACGAGAUUGCGUGGUAUAAUACUCAAUUCUACUGCGGCUGGGGCGACGCAAGCUCGACUGCAUGGUAUGACGCUAUCAUGAGUGUAGGCUGGAAGCCAGAGAAAGUUGUAUUCGGACUCAUCACAAACUCCGCCAAUGGCCCUGGGCACAUCGAAUGGGAGCGACAGGAGCCAGUAUUGAGAGCACUUCGAGCAAAAUACCCAGGAUUCGGCGGAGUGAUGGGCUGGGAGUACUUCAACUCUCUUCCUGGUGAUUGUGCUAGACCUUGGGAGUGGGCAGCGAACAUGGCUAAAACGAUACGGACGCCAAUGCCCAUCGCUCCGCCUAUACCGAUUCGACCAUACGGACAGCCAGCACAACUACCACGACCAGCCCAUCCGUUUCCGGCCGAAAGCGUGCGAACGUUGACGGAUCUUGGAUUCACGGAUCAGCAAGCUAUAGCCGCCCUAAACUCUACUAGUGGAAACGUGGAGCACGCAGCGGCGUUCCUCUUCCAGGAUUAA